AACGGCGGAGGCAAACACCAUUCAAACAAAAUUAACGAGAGCUUAAAGAAGCCGGUGUUGAGGAUGAAUAUUCAUGAUUUCCCGGACUGUCAGGAUCCCAGGUGGCUUUGCGAGCGCCAAAUGAGCUCUCGAAAUCCUUGUCUUGCGCUUCUAAUGACACUUAAUUUGCUGGUCUGAUCGGAUGUCGUCGGAUGGCCGUCACAUGACUGUGGUUCGAGCUCCCCACUCACAAGAGCGAGAGCUGGUUGUUCACCCUUGUCAAUCCUUCAUUGGAGAUGUUCGACUUUGAAAUCAAAUUGUCGCGUAAAUAACCAUCGCUUGUUUACGUCAACACUUGAACCACCUUUCACCAUUACUAAUUAUUCAUUGCUUUUCGUACCGGAAAUUUGCCAGAUUAUCACAGGUCAGUGGUAAAUAUCGCUUCCGAAAAUUCAUUCUGAUUGGAGAGUCACCCGAAGGAAAUUCAGUUUCUUUCGGGACAUCCUUCGGGCUUUGGUUCUUUCGGUUUUUCCCACUUACUUUUUCUUGUAGUUUUUAACCGAAAAAUGGGAUUUGUAAACAGCAAGUAAAUUUUGUUACACCGAUAGGACCUUGUUACAUCAACGAUUGAUGUUAAAUGCAUAUAUUUUGAAGCUGAUUUAUUUUGUAAUUUCUUUGAUAUUGGUAUAACGGGAUAUAAAUUCCCAGAUUUAUGGUAUAUUUUAUGGUGUAUAUGGUACACAUAUAAAGAAGCUUGUUCUCAAUGGCAAUACAUGUACAUGUAGAGUUUGCUUGGACCAGCAUGUACAAGACAGGCUUCCUCAAAUAGCUUUGUAAGAAAUGAGCUCACGAAAGUUGUAGUAUUUCCUGUACAUUUGUAGAGAGGGUAUACACGUGCAAUUAUCGUACCCAUUUUUAUGGCUUUGCAUGUGCGUUCGCGAUGUUCGCCAUUAUGGCCAGCGCUGGCGCAGGUCCGCUUCCGGAGCAUGUCUGUCCGCGCAUAUUAAGUAGGGAAGACGGGAAGGAUCUGCGAUCCCCCGUAGUAGCUAUGUGCCGUGGCUUCGUUGUUGUUACGCCGGUGUAUUUAAUAACCAGGACGGUCAGGACUGACGAUCACUCACGUAGGGCCGUGGAGCCCGGCGGGAGAAAAGAGCAUCACUGCCUCCCGCCGCGCUAGAGUUUUGACCGGGGCUGAGCGCGCACUGACACAUCGACCAUGGGGUCGGGCUCCAGCGCCGCCUCGGCGGUGCGCGUGAAGGCGCGGGCCAAGGCAACCGUAGACGUGGCUGCGAUGAAGGAGUCAACCCUCAGGAACCGACAGAUCGAUAAGAUCAUCAAGGAGGAGCAGCAGAUUAUGAGAAAGACCGUAAAACUUCUCUUUCUUGGUGCUGGGGAGUCUGGAAAGAGCACAUUCGCCAAACAGAUCAGGUUGAUACAUCAUGGCGGGUUCAGCGAAAGUGAACGCAUGGCAUACAAACUGGUGAUUUACUCCAACCUCAUCAGCGGCAUGCGGGCCAUCAUCGACGCCAUGUCGACGCUCGACAUUUCCUACAGCCAUCCGACACGACAGAUGGACGAAUCCAUUUUCAGAGCUCAGGCACACAUGGUGGAGAUGGGUAACCUAGAUAUGACACAAGAGCUGGCAGACACCAUCAUGGAACUGUGGAGAGACCCGGGGGUGCAACAGUGCUACGACAGAUCCAACGAAUACCAGCUUCUAGACUCAAUCUCGUAUUUCGUUGAGAAUGUCUACCGUGUUGCCCAUCCCAACUGGAUACCAACAGACGAGGACAUUGUGCGGUCCCGCCUACGAACCUCCGGUAUUAUCGAAACACGAUUUCAGUUCCGAGGACUUACAUUCAGAUUGUUGGACCCCGGUGGACAGCGCAGCGAACGACAGAAAUGGAUCCACUGUUUUGAGGACGUGACGGCGGUUCUCUUCAUAGUGGCUAUCAGUGCUUACGAUCAAGUGAUACGGGAAGACCGAGAAACGCCCAGGAUGCAGGAGAGCAUGGUACUCUUUGCCUCCAUUUGCAACUCCAAGUGGUUCACCAAGACGGCAAUGAUGCUCUUUCUCAACAAAUGUGACAUCUUUGAGGAAAAGAUCCAGCGAGUUCCUCUGAAUUACUUCUUCAAGACAUACAGAGGACCGAAUGUAGCCAAACCGGCAAGAGCUUUCAUCUGUGACGUGUACAAGAAUCUCAGUAAAUCCAAGAGCAGGCAGAUAUAUCAUCAUUUCACCACUGCCAUCGACAGGUCGAACGUCCAGUUUGUCUUCGAUGCUGUGGCAGAUGUUGUCCUAAAAAGUUCCCUCAACACGAUAGGGAUGUUAUAAAAGAAACUUGGGAAUAAAAACGGCAAUGUUCUUGCUCACAACGACACUAUGUAUUGUAGAAAAUGUUCAAAACAAACUGCCAACUUGUCGUCUUCGUAUCGAACGAUGGCGUCCAUUUCUUCCUUUAAGGUGUUAGGAGGAAAUCGGCCAAGUUUUUGUGCAUGAUACGCAAACGUAACGCGAUGCUAAUCAGUGGAAUGGACCAGCGGCAUCGCCAGGCUCUUAGGGAAGGAUAGAGGGGUGCAAAAGUUCCCAUGCCCAGGAGGGCAUUUCCCCCUCCAUCUCUCCCCCAGCUAAGCCAUUGGAACGGACGCGUUUUUCUCCACACCCCGUUUUCCCUGACGGAGGUAAGGGGGGGUAAAGGCUAGUGACUACCUCCAGCUAAAGAUGAUUUUCGUUUUGCUCCGCAUGCAACAUUCGAUUUGACCUGAAGAGGCUUUCUAAGGAAAUAUGAAACAGCACAAAUUUUGCCCAAGGAACUAGUGACAACCAGCAGUAUUAAGACCAGGAAUCAAGACAAAACGGAGCUUAUAUGGCAGCCAAGGAGAUCCACUAGAGCCAUAAUAAUAACAAUGUUGGUGCUGCGUGUUUUGUAUUUAAGAUGGACCGUAAAAAUACACAUUAAGAACGUCUUAAACAACCAUCAAAAGUAUUCAAGGGCCAGGGAAGAGAGCCCACGAUAAGACUGAAAUCAAAAGCAGAAAGUUGCAAAGGAAUUGUAGUUAUGAUGUACAUGUAUAUAGCUGUUUUCUAACUUAUUUCCAAUUCUGUAUAUGUAUAGCAUUACAAAAUUACAAACAGGGUAUUUUUGGCGAGGUUUACUAGACGUAUUGUCUUGGUGUUUCUUUAAGCACAGAUAUUAUAAAUUGAAAACAUAAACUUAAAAAGAAGAAAAUGAAAGAGAAACAUUUACAUAUAUCUAGAAACAAUAAAUGAAUACAAUCCUUGUGUUAAAGUGUUUCGGAUAGAUGCUCCAGUUGUUGAAAAGGGUUUUAUUUUGAUGAGAGGAAAUCGAACGGACAAUUGAAAAAGUAGACAUAUUUUGGGUUUUUGUAGAUUUUUGGCUAUCCCGGGCACAUCCUUGAGCUAGAGGUAACGAAUCGUGUUUCAGUAACCAAAAAGCUAUUUUCAGACUUUUUAUCCAAAAUGAAAAACGGAUUUUAUGCCUUGCAUUAUUUUGUUCAAAAAUUAGUAUUCGGUUAAGCAUGUCUUUUUUCUACUCUUACAAAGAAACAAAGAAAGAGUCCGGAAAGUAAACUCUUAUUUUGAAGAAAGAAAUUUGGAAUAGAAAAUUUUUUUAGAACGAAACAAAAUAAGAACAAAAGAUUAAAAUUGCAUUUUUAUAAUAAUUCAAUCAAAAUGUGUCUUUUCUAUAAACAAUAUUGUAUCAUUUGUCGAUUCCAAUAGAGCAUAUUCUGGUCAUGUCCUGUUGUUAAGGCCAUGCUUUGGAAAACGUUUGAACGAUUUUUGGAAAGUGUUAUUUCCAGACAAAACUGAAUAAAUGAGUUGGAACGGCAGACAGUGCGACAAAAGUCUGGACAUGCGCUUUUGAGGACCGUCUUCUAGUUUAGUCGCUUUUGAUUAAUUUCGGGGUGAACUUUAGUCCAAAAUAAAAAAGAGGGGUUAGACUUGUAUUUAAAAAAAUACGGUCAAAAUUUGUCUUUUAUUUCAAUACAAAAAAUGCUUGUGGAUUUAACUUGAACUUUAACUUCAGGUAUUACUAAGGCCAUAUUUAGAAAAAAUCAGUGAACUUUGGGGAAAAUAUAAGCUUUAGGCAAUUUUCUAGGCAAAAAUAGAAUUUUUAAAAAAAUUCUGUUCAUUCAGGAAAUGACGCUUUUUAGAAUCAGGAACAAUUUAUUAAAAUUUCUCUCAAAAAUAAUAAAAAAAACAGAACAAGGGUUACGCCUUACGUUUAUAUUAAAUUCGAUCAAACUUCGACUUUCCUCUAAACAAUUCAGGAAUUUUUUUGGUGCUUAUUUUAGCAUUGUUGAAGCCUUAAUUUGAAGAAAAACCAAGGUUUUUUGGUAACAUUAAAGCGAUAAGACAAAAAUAAAAAUAUGAUUUUGAACGGCAAGACAGUAUAAGAUAAUUCAGGAAAUGUACUCCGGGGAUCAUCGGGGUACUUUAUCAAGGAGCUAAUUUAGUUUGAGGUUUUUUCUACCAAAACUUAAAAAAUGACAAAGAGUUAGCCUUACAUUUUAUAAUUAAAAUUCGGUCAAAAUGUCUUUCCUCAAAACAAUACAGAAAUGAUAGUCGUGUUCAAUCGUGUACACACUAGUAUUGUUAAGGCGAUUAAUUUGGGAGAAUGUGAGAUUUAGCCAAAAUGAAAUCCUUUCCAGAAACACGCCAGUGCGUUUAAGUUAAGAAAUAUGCAUUGGGGUAAGGGGUAAGCCUUGCAUUUUAUUAUUUGAUAAAAUUAUAUAUUUAAAUAAAUAAAAUAUUAUUUAUUUAAACUUCUUUGAUUACAACAAACUCCAUUAAAAGAGAACACCAAAGUUGUAAAAUAGGGAAUAGACAAUUUUUUAUUUAUCCUUCUUUCCAAAUGUUUUUAAUAGAAACUGCGAGAAAUACAUACUUUAGAAAGUAAAGGAAUUUGACUAUUAAGGAACGCUACACGCACUUUGCCUUUAAGGAGAAAGUUUGGUCUGAAAAUGGUUCGGCAAAACUUUUACAAACACCUGGCAUUUUAUUAUAAAUCAGUCAAUCGGUUUGAUUCACAAUACACUCCAAUGAAAGAGAGCACAGAACUUUGAAAAUACGUAACAAAAACUUUGAUCUUCAAUCCCAAAUUUGUGGGUGUUUUUUCCACAAAAAUACAAUACAGGCUUUAAAGAGUACAAACAUUUUAGUUAGGAUAGAAAACUUUAAUCAUGCAGCUUAAUAGUAUAAAAUUAAUACACCCAUCUGUAUAUUAAACACUCUUUUUUGUCCCCAUAAAAGAUGAGCAAAUCAAAAAAAAAUUCCAAUGAAAAAAAUAUAUUCAACCCUUCAUCAAAGAAUAUAUAAACAAGUACAUAUAUAUUAUCUUAAUCUUAAUGUUUGUUACACUGUGCCGAUGCAGCAAUUAUAAAUAUCUUAAGGUUGAUCUGAGUUUUAUUACUUGUGAGCUAUCAGAUCGAACUGUUUGCAAAAUCAAAUAAACUCUAGUGCUGUUUAAUGGCUAAUGUCCUCCAAGAUGGCGUCACACCCUCCAUGAUGACAACUGGCCUCUAAUAUGGUUGCAGUGAAUCAGGCCUAUCUCUUUAAUAUAGACUGUGUUUAGAUACAAACUA